CGAGGAGAAUGGGAGCGCGGGGCGGCAGACCGCCGCGGGGUGUCACGGCCGCGGCCGAGCUUGCCAGGCGCGGGGCCGGCGCCCGCCGCUUUUAAACCCCGGAGGGCGCGGCGGCGGCGGGCGGAUCUCGGCGCGCGCGGGGCGCCGGGCGGCGGCCGAAUGGAGAGGAAGGGCUCGGCGGCCGGGGCCAAGGGGAACCCGAGCCCGCCCGCGGCCAGCGAGGCGCAGCGGCCGCCGCCGCCUCUGUGCGUCCCGGGCGGAGGGGCCCCGGCGCGGGGCCAGGCUGGGGCGGCGGCCGAGCCCGCCGAGUUCAUCCGGCGCGCGCACGAGUUCAAGAGCCAAGGGGCGCAGUGCUACAAGGACAAGAAAUUCCGCGAAGCCAUCGGCAAAUACCACCGGGCGUUGCUGGAGCUGAAGGGGCUGCUGCCGGUCCCCGGGGAACGGGAGCGGGACUCGCGCGCGGCCUCCCCGGCUGGGGCCCCCAACCCCGGCCGCCUCUCGGAGGAGCAGAGCAAGACGGUGGAAGCCAUCGAGAUCGACUGCUACAACAGCCUGGCAGCCUGCCUGCUCCAGGCUGAGCUGGUAAACUAUGAGCGAGUCAAGGAGUAUUGCCUCAAAGUCCUGAAGAAGGAAGGGGAGAACUUCAAGGCCCUCUACCGGUCUGGUGUGGCCUUCUACCACCUGGGAGACUAUGACAAAGCCCUCUACUAUCUGAAAGAAGCAAGGACCCGACAACCCACAGACACCAACGUGAUUCGGUACAUCCAACUGACGGAGAUGAAGCUCAGCAGAUGCUCCCAGAGAGAGAAGGAAGCGGUGUAACUAGAACACCUCUCUAGAGCUGCACCGCACCUGACCCGGGACUUCCAGGCACCCCCUGGUGGAGAGCCCCUCCCUGGGUCCUGUUCCUUUCUCCCCACUUAUUCCGGCUCCCCCCUCUUCCUCCUGUUGCCCCUCAACUCAUUGUCUUCUCCCAGUGUGAAAAGGAGACAUGCAAAUUUGGAAUCUGGUGGGUUGCCCCAACAAUGAAGACAUCCUCGUCUCUAGUAGGUCAGCCACUGAGAGGGACCUAACUUCCGCAGGGACAGCUGGAGAGGACUCUCACAGGCCAGGAAUGCCAUUUCGGCUUUGACUUUGGCCAGUGCUUCUGACAGAGGCAGAGGCUGGGAGAUGCACCAUCCCAAAGGUAGCAGGCACGGAGCUCACGGGCUGGACCCCUCCACACCUUCCUGACAGACCAGAGCAUCUCAAGGCAACUGUGACAAAUCCAGGGAUGAGACAAACACCAGAAGCGUUGGUUAAGCCAACAGAGAGACUGUGAAUUUGUACACUGGAUUCCCGCCCACCCCCAUCCUCAAUACCCUCAGCGCCUGCCUCCAUCCCUCACUUGUUGUCUUGGUUUGUGCUUUCUUCUCUCUUUCUUGGGGAUCUGAGGCUCUGUCAGGAUUCACAUGCCAUUGAAGCCCACUCUCAGUGCCCUCUGGUGACCACACAUACCAUUCUCCGAUACUCCCACCCAGCAGGCAGCUGUGACAGCAGAAGGGCAGGGUGUAGUGGGCCAAGGGCAGACCACAUAGGUGAUGGAGGGAGGGAGAGAUGAUGUCUAGGGAAAAGGGCAUUGUAUAGACUGGGGAGUUGAACUGUAGACUAAUUAAGUGUAAAUAAAAAUAAAUUAACAGGCAGCAGUUCCUGUCAUUUCUGUUGGAAGCAGCCCACCCCCUCCCUUUCACUCCCUCCCCCAACUCUCAAUCAGAGCUCCUUAGCGUCAAUCAGAGCCAGGCAGGAUGGGAAUUCCCCCAAAGCAAUGGACCAUUUGUCUAGUGGUACACAAUGUUGGCUACCGCCUUUGUGCUUUCAGAGUAGGCUGGGAUCGUGGAGACCGCCCGGGGACUUGGCUUUGUGGGAACUUGCACAGUCUCUUUUUGAUGAAAUUAUCUGGACUCAGUAUCUAGCACAUAGAAUGUGUUCAACAAAUAUUUGUUGAAUGAAUAAAUUAUGACUGCAGACUGGAUCUCCUGCCUUAAACGAAUUUUAUCCCAGCCUAGUCUCCUGAUAUCUAUGCUCUUUACGCUCUGCCAUGUUGCUUCAGUCAAAUAAGAAACAUUUACUGAGGGCUUAUCAUUUGCCUAUCAUUGUGCAAUAUGCUGUGGGACAUAGGAUGUAGUCCCAGUCUUCAAAGAGAUGGAGGAGUUGAGAAAUCCUCAUAUGAAAUUAUUACCAAUGACACCGUUAAUUUAUAUGAUGCUUUAAAAUUUUCAAAGCACUUUCAUGUAUUUUUCUUGUGGUUAGUGAAAGAGACAAUACUGUACAAAUUAAAAUGUAUACAGAUGCAAUAAUGUUAAUAGUUCGCAUUUAUUAAAUGCACUAUCCUCAGAUCUUUACAUGUAUAAUCUCAUUUCUUUCAUGUAAUUAUUCUAUAAGAUACUAUUCCCAGUUGAUGGAUAAGAAAACCGGAAACCAGAAAAAUUAACUAUUCCGAGUUUGCAUGAGCUUAGAUGGCAUAGCUAGGAUGUGAACCAGGUCUCUCUGACUCCAGAGCUUUAGCUAUUAAUACUCUAAAGUGAGUUGCUGCUCAACAAAGUAUUAUAUUGAGCAGUUACAACCAUUCAAGAGCAGGACAAUGUGUAUUAAGUUGAAAAGCCUUGACGAUGUCAGUGAUGUUACAUGGACUGCAUCUUGUAUUUAAGCCCAAGGCAGGAAAAGGUCCCUAACACUAGACUCCCUAGUGGUCAGGGCAGAAACAGGCCAGGAAAAGACAGCUGAGAGCCAGCGGUUAUUUCUGCGUAUUGUUCAUUCUACUUGCUGUUGAGGCCAGCACGUAUCCAAACAACCCACCUAGCAUUCCUCACCCCAUCCCCAGCUUUGGGGAAGAGUCACCAUUACAGGUAGAGAUUGAAAGGAAACAGAGUCAAUGAUGGGUUGUUUGUUUAAUCAGAGGGUCCACCACUGCAGAAUCCAAUCACUGCUGAGGGGCCCAGAAGCCAGCAGCACAGGUUAUAUUCACAUAGCUCCUCAAGGGCUUCCAACGGGGGCUGCAAGAAGGUGCUAGAAAUAUCCAGGGGCCCAUAGUUGCUUGCUUAUAGCUCACCCUCUAGAGAAGAGGAAAAAGAAAAAGCUGUUACAGCUGCCACAUUCUCCCCUACUCCUACCAUAUCUUUCUCUCCGCCCUCUUCCUCCAAAAUGGUUUCGCGUGACCCCACUCUGCAGCAUACACAGCAUAAGCAAAUGUGCAAAACUCCCCCAUUCCCAAGGUUCCAGCUCAGAAAGAUGUGAGCUGGCAAACUGCUUGUUAGGAUCUGAAGGUUGAAGAUGAGGUUUCCGGCAGAACCAGUUCAAACUGGCAGGGUCUUCCCGUCAUCAGCAAGGACUCAGAGUAACCAUUCCUAACAUGGAGCAGGAGAGAGGUCUUGCCUCAGUGAGUGAGUUGGGGCAGGGCUGGACAGAUGGGGACAAGAUUGUUGCCAUCCUUCCAAAGAGAAAGGUUAAAAACCAGAACUAGGAGAGGACAACCUGGUGGGACCUCACAGAACAAGUGUGCAGACUGUCGCCUUGUCUGGUGACUUAGGUACACAUUGGAAUUCCAUUCACUGUGACCCAAAGUUAAAUGAUCCCAAAGAAAAAAGCUGCCUGGGGGUAUUGGUUGAUGUUUGGGGUGGUGGGACUGAAUUUUCUGUGCAUUUGUCCAACAGAGACUUCAGAGGGCUGUUAUGCAAAAUCAGGUCUGUUCACCUUACCAAACCUUCAGUUUCCUUCUCCCCAUCCCUCCCUAAAACAGGGAUUGUCAUGUAAUUACAUGCUUUGUUGGCAGACGUCACUGCUGAACUAUACCUGGAGCACUAAUCCUGGAUAUGACCUGCUUUGUCAUUUCCUGCUUGGACUUUUGUGAUAAGACUCUUUGGGGAAAAAAAUUACACUUUUCUUGUAAUUAUUAUGAAAGCCUCACACGUGUAUUGUAGAAAUUUUAGCAAAAAAAGAGACAAACUCCAACCCAUAAUCCUACCAUCCAAGAUAAACAUUGUUAUCCUUUUGGGUGUAUCUUUUGGUUCUUUUUGGUAUAAAUGUACACAUGCACAUACACAGUUGUUUUUUUUUAACAAAAACUGGAUCAUAUUGUAUAUAUUCUUUAAUAACUUACUUUUCAAAAUGUGUAUUUAUAUUUUAGAAUAUGUAAUACAUACACAGAUACAAAAUUCAAAAAGUACAAAAAGCCCUAUAAUAUAAGAAGUAAAUCUCCUUCCCACCCCGUCUGCCAGCAUCUAGUUUCUCUCCAAUUUCUUGUAUGUCCUUCCGGAGACAUUUAUGCAUUUUCAAAUAUAUGCAUAUUUAUUCUUUUGUCACACACACAAAUAGUAGCAUAUUGGACACACGUUUUUGCACUUUGUGCUACUUCACUUACUAUAUCAUGAACGUAAUGUUUUUUGUGUCUCUCUCAAACUUUUUCCAACAGCAUCCUCAUUAUACAGAUGGACCCUUAUUUGGUAACCAGUCUCCUAAUAGUGAUUAUUUCAUUUGUUCCCAAUCCUUAUUGUAAAUAAUGUUGCAACAGACAUUCUUGUAGCUAAAUUUUGCACAUAUCUAAGACUUUUUCCUUCGGAUAAAAUCCAAGAAGGAAAUUGCUUGGCUAUCUUUAAGAAUUUUGAUAUAUGUUGCCAACUGCCCUCCAGAAAGUUUGUACCAAAGCACUCUCUUAUUUGCAGCCUUGAGAGUGCCCUGUUCCCUGCACCCUCACUUCAUGGGUAUUAUCACUUAUCAAAUCAUUACCAGUUUGAUAGGAACAUAAUAGUAUGUCACUGUUAAUUGAACUCGCACUUCUUUGAUUAUUAGUGAAUGACAUCUUCAUAUGCUUUUUGACCAUUUGUACUUCUUUCUUUGUAAUUUUUCUAUUUAUUUGAUAUUGGUAUGUUUAUCUUUAUUAUUGAUAUGUAAUUUUAUUCAAAAUAUUAUUUUUGUCAAGAAACGUUGCAAAUAUGCUUUCCAAGUGCUUUGCUUUCAAAUUUUGUUUAUGGUGCUUUUUGACAUACAUAAAUUCUUAAUU